CCGUAUGCUUACUCUUGAAACCGUCCUUCAGCUUUAGCAUUAGACAAGUUGUUUUACUUUUAGCUUUUAUCUUGAAGGCUGGGACACGAAACUUGUUGAUUCCACUUUGCAAAGAAGCGAAAAUGCCAGGAGCUAGAAGCAUAGGGGUGGCUAUGGAUUUCUCCGCUAGCAGCAAGAACGCUCUUAAAUGGGCUAUAGACAACUUGGCUGACAAAGGGGACACCCUUUACAUCAUCCACAUCAACAACAACUCUCUUGAUGAGUCUCGCAAUGCUCUCUGGGCAAAAUCCGGUUCUCCUCUUAUACCUUUGACAGAGUUUAGAGUUCCGGAGAUUAUGAAGAAGUAUGAUGUUGAAACUGAUAUUGAAGUUCUUGACAUGCUCGACACUGCUUCUAGACAAAAAGAGAUAAACGUUGUUUCAAAAAUCUACUGGGGAGGAGAUGCCAGAGAAAAAAUUCUUGAUGCCAUUGAAGAUCUAAAGCUUGAUUCUUUGGUUAUGGGAAGCCGUGGGCUUGGAACUGUUCGAAGGAUUAUAUUGGGGAGUGUGAGCAACUAUGUUGUGACGCAUGCUACUUGCCCUGUUACCAUCGUCAAGGAACAAUCAAGCUCCAGCAAGCACUGAGUAGUUUACAUAAUAUUUUCUAGUUUGAUUUCCCAAACAAUAAUUUGAUGGACGAGUGUAUGUUGCUUGAUCAUGUUUUACCAAGUAGCUUACGCAGUUUUACGUUUGUUUACUGAAUCUUAAAGAUAUAUGGUACUUUGUGAGUUAAUGCACUGUUAUGGGGACGAUUAUAAUAAUGAUAAUAAUAUUGCUUUGUCGAAAA